AUGGGGCUGCUGCUACAGAUGGUAUACCUUCAGAAUAACGGCACGUGCGUGGAUUCUAUAUAUAUGAAAAUACAGUAUAAAACUAAACUAAUAAAUAAUUAUAUUAGUAAAUUUCUCAAAAUAAGUUCAGCUUACGAAUGUCUGGAAUAUUGUAGAAAUCAUGGUACUUGUAAAUCAGUAGGAAUAGAUACAAGUUCCAUGACGUGUUAUUUAUAUAAUGAUAGAGUCUAUGCUGGAUUGAAUGGAACCAACAACUCAAAUAUUAUAUAUUAUUGGCUUCUAGAAUCUGAAUGUCCUAUACAGCUUGGAUACAGAGAAGCCCCGGAGAGUAAAAUAUGUAGCCUGUAUAACGACACCAACCUAACUUGGCUGGAAGCUCAAAUCCAAUGCCAACGGGAAGGAGGGUUUUUAUUUAUGGCGGACACACGUGCAAAUUUAGGAGCAUUCACUAGUCUGGGUGCUACAGAUAUGUAUGAUGAAGAUGUGUGGGAAUGGUUUAAUGGUGUACCGAUUGACAGAUCACAUUUCGCACCCGAUGACCCCAAUAACUACGAAAAUACUGACCACUGCUUGUUCUUUCAUACCGCUCUGAACGAUUACAAAUGUGAUAUCUUGAAGUUUGGAUUUAUCUGUCAAAUUCCAACUAUUCAAACUUACCUUCCCUCAGCUGGGACUGUUUAG